CGGAGCGCCAUCCAUGGGGGGCCGGGGCCGCUCUCCCCAGCAGCCGCCGCUGCCGGUCCUGUUGGUGCUGUUGGUGGGGACGGCGGCGCUGGGCCGCUCCGCCGGAGCGCCGACGGACCUGGAUGAGUGCGCUGAGAGGACGGACGACUGUCAUGCCGAUGCCUUCUGCCAAAACACUCCCAAGUCUUACAGGUGCACCUGCAAACCAGGCUACCGAGGGGAAGGAAAGGACUGUGAAGACAUUGAUGAAUGUGAUAACGAACUCAACGGAGGCUGCGUUCAUGAAUGUUUCAACAUUCCAGGCAAUUACCGCUGCACUUGUUACGAUGGCUUCAUGUUGGCUCACGACGGUCAUAAUUGUCUUGAUGUGGAUGAGUGCCUGCUUAACAAUGGUGACUGUCAGCACACGUGUGUCAAUACCAUGGGCAGUUACCAAUGCCACUGCCAAGUGGGAUUCUUCCUGAGUGACAACCAGCAUACUUGCAUUCAUCAUUCAGAAGAGGGUUUGAGCUGCAUGAAUGGAGAUCAUAGUUGUAGCCACAUCUGCAGGAAAACUCCAAAGGGAGGAGUAGCCUGUGAUUGUAGACCUGGCUUCCAACUGGCCAAGAACCAGAAGGACUGCAUCUUGACAUGCAACCAUGGAAAUGGCGGGUGCCAGCACAAAUGUGAUGAUACGGUUAAUGGGCCCGAGUGUGGUUGUCACCCAAAGUACAAGGUGCACCCGGAUGGGAAAGCCUGCUUGGACAGAGAGGAGGCUGUGCUGGGGCUCCCGGAGAACAACUCGACAGUAGCAGUUGACCUUGAUAAACGAGUGAAACGGCGAUUACUUAUGGAAACAUGUGCUGUAAACAAUGGGGGCUGCGAUCGCACCUGUAAAGACACCUCUACUGGUGUUCACUGUAGCUGUCCUGUGGGAUUCACCCUUCAGUUGGAUGGGAAAACCUGCAAAGAUAUAGACGAAUGCCAGACCAGUAAUGGAGACUGUGAUCACUUCUGCAGAAACACUGUUGGCAGUUUUGAUUGCAGCUGCAAAAAAGGAUUUAAACUAUUAACAGAUGAGAAAUCUUGUCAAGACAUCGACGAGUGCUCUUUCGAAAGGACCUGCGACCACACCUGCAUCAAUUAUCCUGGUUCAUUUGAGUGUGCUUGUGACAAAGGGUACAGUCUGUACGGCUUCACCCACUGUGGAGAUGUCAAUGAGUGCAGCAUUAACAAUGGAGGCUGCCAGCAAAUCUGUGUGAACACCUUAGGAGGCUAUAAAUGUCAGUGUCACUCAAGCCACAAACUUCACUGGAAUAAAAAGGAUUGUGUAGAGGUAGAGGGGUUCCUGCCUGAUAAUGUAUCAUCCCGAGUGUUGCUGCGCUGUGUUAAGAGUGGUGGAGGUGAGAGAUGCUUCUUGAUCUGCCAAUCAGAUAUUCAUCUCACUUCAGGAUUUCAAGAUGCCUACACGAUCACCUGCGGCUCCUCUUCUCAUCCCAGGAGCAAACAGAAUAAAUUGAAUGAAUCUUCUCACUCGGAUGUCUCCACCAUCAGGACAAGUGUAACCUUUAAGUUUAAUGAAGGAAAGUGUAGUUUGAAAAAAGCUGAGCUGUCUCCAGAGGGUCUGCGGCAAAAGACACCAGAGAAGCACAAUUCAGUAAAAGAGAGCUUCCACUACAUCAACCUGACAUGCAGUUCUGGCAGGAAAGUCCCUGGAGCCUUUGACAGAACCACAUCAUCCAAAGAAAUGUUUAUCACUGUUGACUUUGAGCUUGAAACUAACCAAAAGGAGGUGUCAGCCUCGUGCAAUUUGAGCUGCAUCCGCAAGAGGACAGAGAAGAAGCUGCGCAAAACCAUCCGCCUCCUGCGGAAAACCAUCCACCGGGAGCAGUUAUUCCUCCGCUUCUCUGGCGUCGAUCAUGAGGUGGCCAGAAAGAGCUCAAGAGCUCCACAGCUCCCCGCAGAAUCCUGCAGGGUGGGGCAAGGCCUGAGGGACGACCAAUGUGUUAGUUGUGCUGUGGGAACCUACUACGACGGGGAACUAGAACGAUGCAUUUUAUGUCCAAAUGGAACAUACCAAGAUGAAGAAGGACAAAUAACUUGUGAGCCAUGCCCUCAUUCUGAGAGUUCAGGGACUCAAAAGACAGCAGGGGCUCGCAGUGUGUCUGAAUGUGGAGGUCAAUGCCCACCUGGUGAAUAUUCCUCUGAUGGCUUCUCCCCAUGCCAGGCCUGCCCCCUGGGAACCUACCAGCCCGAAGCUGGCCGCACUUCUUGUUUGUUGUGUGGUGGAGGCCUCCUCACCAAAUACCUUGGUGCUUCCAGUUUUCAGGAUUGCGAGACUAAAGUUCAGUGUUCACCUGGACAUUUCUACAACACCACAACCCACCGCUGUAUCCGCUGCCCCGGGGGUACUUACCAGCCAGAAUUUGGACAAAAUUACUGCAUUUCAUGCCCCGGAAAUACCACUUCUGACUUUGAUGGCUCCACGAACAUCACACAGUGUAAAAACAGACACUGUGGGGGUGAACUAGGAGAUUUUACGGGCUACAUUGAGUCCCCAAACUACCCGGGGAAUUACCCUGCCAACACCGAGUGCACCUGGAGCAUCAACCCUCCACCCAAACGCCGCAUUUUGAUCGUGGUUCCGGAGAUAUUUCUGCCCAUCGAGGACGAGUGCGGAGACUAUCUGGUGAUGCGGAAAAGUUCUUCCUCCAACUCUGUGACAACAUACGAAACCUGCCAAACCUACGAGCGCCCCAUAGCUUUCACCUCCAGAUCGAAGAAGCUAUGGAUUCAGUUCAAAUCCAAUGAGGGGAACAGUGCUAAAGGAUUCCAGGUCCCUUACGUUACCUAUGAUGAGGAUUACCAGGAGCUCAUUGAAGAUAUCGUUCGAGAUGGCCGGCUUUAUGCAUCGGAAAAUCAUCAGGAAAUACUGAAGGAUAAGAAGCUGAUCAAAGCUCUCUUUGAUGUAUUGGCACAUCCACAGAAUUAUUUCAAGUACACAGCACAAGAAUCCAGAGAAAUGUUUCCAAGAUCAUUCAUCCGCCUGCUACGAUCUAAAGUUUCCAGGUUCUUACGGCCUUACAAAUGAGAGUCCCCCCAGCCUCACCAGCUCUGGAUGCUGAGCAGUGCCCAAACCUGAGAGGUUCUUAAGGGUCGGAGGCUGUGCCUGUCUUUGGCCCGUGAGCACAAAGUCAGACUCGAGUCCUCUUUAGAGUUUGAUUUUCACAGACAAUACCGUUAUUUCGAUGAAGCGACUUUGUUUUUCUCUUGAGAGAUUGUAUAUACCCUUGUAUUCAAAUCUGUAAGGUUGCUGACAUCAGCACCGUCACAUUUAGACCGAGGGGACUUUUCCGUGGAAAUGAUCAUGUGAUCGGCUCAACUUUCCACUGUGAUAGCCAAAAAGUGAUGGAAAGGAUGAUGAAGCUUCCUCUCAAGGGCCCGGGUUUCAUGGGUUUCAGUCUGUUCUUCAGGUAAAAUGAAACUGGGUUAUUCAACCUCUUUGUUCCCCAGAGAACUAGAUCUCCAAAGAGAUCUCUGUGGGUGGGAGAUUUUAGAAAUGUUUCCUCGUGUGCAGUUCUACCCACUGAAGUGGAAGCUACAUUAAGCCCUGCUUUCCCCAUUUGCCAGUCACUGGGCUAAGAAGCCUGGUAACGAAAGGGUGAGAGGGUGAACAGUGAAGUCCUCUAGGAUGUACUGGUGAAAGCACUUUGCAGAGCAAGUUCCCAGAGAUUAAGGAAAUGCUGGGAGCAGAAUUAAUUUGAAAUAAAUUAUGACAGAUGAGCCUCCUGCAAGUUAACAGCGAUGUCUACCAUCGUACUGUUCCUCCUAUGGCCGCUCGCAAAUAUUUCCAAAUAGUAAUGAUGUAGAUGCCUUGCUGGCUUUUUUAACUCUAGCCCAAGAUGCCUCAGGGCAGAUAGUCCAGUUGGGGUGCUUGUCCAUCAUCACUCUUAAUCAUUUAUUGAGCCUUUUGGAGAUUUGCGGAGUUGAGUCCUUCAUCUCGAGGAGCCAAUAAUAAUAGAUUUUGGUCCCUGGAAAUUAAGAGGAGUGCUGUAUUACUCACACUACCCUUCAUAUUAGAAGAGCAUGAUCCUUGGGAUGUUAUUUCUCUUGGAGGAUUUCCUCUUCUCUGUCAUCCACAGUCUCUUUCCAACUUCCUCCAUCUAGCUCAGCAACUCCUAAAGACAACUAAGGUGAAGCGAUAGACUGGUAGGAAGUUUUAUAUAACAAUCAGUGGCUGCCUGCAUGCCAAACAAUGUGAUGAUGUAUAAACUAAAGUCAUUUUAGGGUUCAUUUGGGAUUCACUCCCGAAAGGGCAUUCAUUCACAUUUCCAUAUUAUAGCAUAUGGAAAUGAAUUUAACAUUCUUAGGGUAGUGAAUUCAGGAACUCAAUCUCAGCUUGUAUGAUAGAUUCAAUGACUCCCUUCCACACCCUUUUCCUCUCUCUCUUUCUCCAUCAGUCUGUCUCUCAGCAAUGGAAUUUUCACCAUUUGUGUAGUUCAUAUCUAUUAUUGAAUAAUUGGGCAGGUGAUGGGAAUUCAAAAGAAAAAUAAAGUUAGUUAAUGAAUAUGUGAUGGUGAAAACGGACAGAGAGUAAUCUGUCCCCUACCAGUGUAUUGAUGACUUAGUUUCUCCAGAUUUGUUUCUGCCUUGUUCCUUUACUAACUAGAGAUGAGAUAAGUGAUCUUCCUGUCUCUAAGCUUGUGAGCCCUGGGUGGGACAGGGACUGUUUCCUAUCUGAUUAUUGUUUAUUUACCCCCGUGCUUAGUGCAGUGCUUAAUAAAGACCGCCACUGAUAAUAAUGAAUAUAUUAAGAAAUAACAUACAUGGAAACUUGGGCAAGGAAGAGGUGGAGGUAGAAAUGAGUACGACGUACGUGACCUUCUGAAAGUAGAGGUCAUCAUCUGCCCUAUUAUUCCAAAUACAAUCACUCCUCAUUCCCUACUGUGAGACUUAUUACUUAGAGUAUCCUUUCAUCAUUAUUAGAUGCCCUCCAAAAGACAGUGGUGUCCACUUGACCUGGGGAUCACCAUUUUGGUAUUCCUGAAGACAGUAGCUUUACCUGCCAAUCUGCCUUAGUCCAGUGAUGCAUUCAGGAUGGAAAGCAGGAUCAACUCUAUACUCCUCCCAAUAUCAAGCUGUUUUUCUGAGUGUUUUGAAGGGUGAAAAGAGCACCCUAAACUACUUAGGUUUGGCCACCUCCGCGUACCCAGUUACACCCAGUUAACAGCGCUUGCAGAGACCUGUUCUAAAUGCCUAAUUCCCCUUUCUCGUCUGUGGCACAGACUUGGGAGAAAAGCUGGGCCACUCAUUCCACCUCCUUGUCUACAGGACAAGUUAUUUAUGAAAUCUGAGCAAGAAGAAUCUCAGGAAUGUUUCCUUCUAGCCAUCCUCCUAGCUCAAUGUAUAUAAUUCUGUAGCCAUUUGAACUCAUGUGUUUCUGUGUCAGUUUGUGAAACUCAAUUACUUUUUUCUUAGAAAGUUCUCAAUUCUAUUUAGGAGAUUUGAACCCUUGGUCUUUUUCUUUCUAGCUAAAUGCACAUUAACUGGAUUAUAUAUCAUCUCCAUGUCAAAUGGCUCAGGACUAUCCCUUUAUUCUCCUAAUUGUAAAUUACUAAAGGUACAAAAAAUAAGGCUGUGAGGGUCACUUUAACAGAGAGUGACUAUUUCAUUGUAUAAAUGGAAGAUCUUGCCAUUUUUCUGAGUUCUCCAAAGGCACUGUGGAAAGAAUGGAUCGAAUUUUCUUGCCUCGAAUAGAUUUUCAGUCUUGGCAGCAAGUGGCCCUGGGCAAGAUAUUCAUAUUUGGUAACUUACCCUUUUGGGUCCCCUCCCUGUUGACUGAGAGUUUUGCCCAACCCUUUGAAAAGUUGGAUUGGCAUGGGCCAAGCUACAAUCCGGUCUUGGCAGGGAGGAUGGGAACCGAGCCUUCGGCAAAGAACCUCCUGAGGUCUUUGUGACCAAAUAACUGGCAAAAUGAGCCACAAAAAGUACAUCUCCUAAUGGGCCAGACUAAAUCCUUGGGUUUACCAAAAGCAGUUGGGAGUGGAAAAAAGAGAAAACCCUUUCCCUUCAUCACCCAGUGCUGAGGUUUGAGAGUCCAACUGGAAAUCCCCCUUAGGGUUGCACACCUGGGAGGCCCAGAGGGUCAAACUGAGGCAACCUAAAGGAUUUCAGUCUGCUAUGGCUCCAGGAGCCCCAGACUGAUGAUGAUGAUGAUGAUAGUACUGGUAUUUGGGAAUUGCUUAUUCUGUGCCAGCACUGUAUUAAGCA